CGCUCGUUGUGUGUGUUCAUUCGUUAGUUUUGUCCGCAUCCUGUGACCUAGGUUUGCCAGAACCCAUUAUUAGGGAUCAACAGUCACCAUGACCCAACUGCGACUUCGUCAACUCAGCCUGGGUUCCGUAGGGCUCCUUGCGGUAUUCCUGUACAUCAUCGAUAGAUCAAUAGCUGCGUUAGACGGCUAUGUACCAGGUGAAGACUACCCAAUCUACACGGAGGUUCCAAGCGGGCUAUCCUUCACGUGCGACGACAAAAUACCCGGGUAUUACGCCGACCCAGAGACCAUGUGCCAGGUAUGGCACUGGUGCGUUCCAAGCAUUGGAGGGAACGUGAUGUAUUCCUUCGUGUGCGCUCCAGGAACCGUCUUCAACCAGCGGUCGAGGGUCUGCGACUGGUUCUUCAAGGUGGACUGCCCCAGCUCGCCAGCGUACUACGGCAUCAACGAAGACCUGUACAAGGACGAGCAGGGCAACUACAUAGCGGGCAAAAAGAGUUACUCGUCGAAUGUAGUACACAAGUUCAACCUCAGAAGAUUAGAAGCGAGACGAAAGAGACAGCAACAGAACAGAAAGAGAUCGAUAGAGGAGAGCAUGAUAGCGAUGGAUUAAUUUGUAAAAUUAAAUGUAAUAAAUUAUUUUCGAUGUAAAUUAAAUUAUUAAAUUAAUUUGCCAAAUGUCUAAUGUCAAAUGGAAGCCAGUAUUUAAUUAAUAUUUACCUACUAGCUGACCCGGCGAACUCUGUUCCGCCUUAAAGGCAAUAAAUAAGCCAUCGCAAUUUUUCCUUAUUUGCUCACCGUUUAGACCUACCCUGGACUACGACAAACAUUUUAAAAGCAAAAUCAGCUCAAUCGGGCCAGCCGUUCUCGAGUUUUAAUCAGACUAACGAACAGCAAUUCAUUUUUAUUGAUAUAGAUUAUUUUCAAGUAUUUAAUAUAUUAGCGUCGAAUAAACGUAUUUUAUUAAUUUUGUGUAGUGCUAUAAGCAAUCAUUAUCGAGUUUACACUUUAUUACAUUUAUCUCCU